UCGUCACUCCCCAGCCCGCAGUAUGUAUUUGCCUCAAAUGCGUGUGGCGGUGCUGGGCGUGAUCGUAGCAGCUGAGCCUCACUCAGGACACAGCUGUGAUGAUGGACACUGGGGGCAGGUGCGACAGGAGAUGUGGCAAAUCUUCAAGCCAGAUUUGGACAUCACCCGUGUCACGACCUGCUUGUCUGCCCCUGACUGCGAGGAUGUUGCCUCAAUCCUCUUGGUUGAUGCCUUGACUUGCUCAUCCGAGGUGCUUCCGACCGUGACCUCUUCUGCGCCAUGCAGUGAAGGCAUGCUGCACUACAUGCUGGUGUGUGCCUUGCAGAUGUGGCUGAAAGGAUAUUACCGACAGAGUGCGUUGUACUAUGACCACGCCCUCGGCUUCUUGGCAUUGACCAAGGGGAGCUUGGACGGUUCCAACUGGCCCGUGUGGACGGGUCAAGUUCUGCAAAACUGGCAGAACUUCUUGAAGGCCGCAUUUCCAGCAGCAGGGAUUGUUGUAGAGGAGCGGAGGAGCGGCGACAGUACUUAUCUCUCUGUGGCCCCGCCAGUCCAUUCGACCAGCAACUGGUGGACAACGGGGCCUCGCCGGAGUAGCUAUUGCCCACCUCCAGGUGGCCACUUGGAGGGCCUUGUGCAGGAUGGUGAGAAUGAGAGAAAGGAUGCCUCCGUGCUUUGCGCCGUGCCUCUGGUUUGGCCGGGAGAGGAGGGAGCAGCCAAAGCUAUCGUGGAAACUUAUGGCCCUGAAUGCAACAGGUUGGUAUUUUUUGUGGCUUCGCCAGAUGCGGAAACUGCGGCCGCAGCCAAGCAAUUCUUGACCGGACACCUUUCAGGUGCAGAGGUCGUGGAUUUGGCAGCUGAUUGGCCACAGAUGUUGCGGGACCGUCCGUCUGCUUUGGCAGCGCAGGGUCGCAAGGGGAUGUUUGGCGCCAAUCAAAAGGACCUUUUGCUCUUCGCCCAUUUGGCCCGUGACAUGGGCAGUUUGACAGACUGGGUAUGUCGAGUCGAAACAGAUAGCUACUUCAUUCCAGCCAACUUCCGAAGGUUUGUCAGAGGGCGGCAACUGGAACCUGAGGAGCCUUUCUACCUGGGCAGUUUGGCGUAUUGGCACCUACACUUUGAGCCGCGAAUGAUCUUCAACGAACAGGUGCAGGACAGCUGCCCAUUUCUACCCGUUCCUUCCCACAAGGAAGAAAGUGGGUUACUGUGCCUUCGCAAAAGAUACAAUUGGAGUUCGCAAAAGCUCCCGAGAAUUGUUUUUUCCCAAAAGCAUCUUCGAUGCUUGGGUUCUUGUUUAGUUGUUUAA